GACUUUAGUUUUUAGUAUAUCCAAAAGAACAAUAAUCCAUAAUGUCAUUCGUCAUUAGAAGACAAUUGUCUACUAUAAUCCCACCAAAGAUUGCUUCUGCAAAAAAUCUUGGAUCUAAUCCAAAUGCUAAAAGAAUGGCUGAAGUUGUUUCUUUUUAUAAAAAAUUACCAACUGGUCCAGCUCCAGCUGCUAAAAAAGCUAUUAAUCCAUUAGCUAGAUAUAGAGCUGCUUAUUUUGAUGGUGACAAUGCUUCAGGUAAACCAUUAGUCCAUUUAGCUAUUGCUGUCAUUAUUCUUGGUUACACUUGGGAAUACCAAACUCAUUUAAAACAUCAUAAAGAUCAUUAGAUUCAUUCAUUCAUCUACUCCUACAUAACAUUUAUAGCUUAAUCAAAAUAAGCAAUAUCUAUCAUCAUUUAGCUCAUGUCAAAUCAAAUCAAAUCAAAAUAUUUACCUUACAUUAGUAGGAAAUGAGCUUACAAUCUCAUUUAUACUUUUGUUAUCUUUAUAUAUAUAUAAAUUUUUAUAAUCUUUUUUAUAUAUUAGAUCAAUUCUACGAUAAAAUAAAUAAAUAAACAAUUAAAACUUAUAA